CUGAACACCAGAAGUCACUGUGGAACAAAAGUCAUCUCCUGUUGGAGGAAGGAGGGUUGGGGCCAGGAUCACUGCUAAUGGCUUUACACUUUAAGCAAGACAUAAAGACUCCUACCCAGACUUCUAGCCAGCAUAAUGCUGGAGCAAGAGACCGACAACACGCUGUUUUCACGAUGGCCGAGCUGGAUGCCGAUUUGGAUCACAUCAUCCCGUCCUCUGUCCUUCCCCCUUUCUGGGCUAAGUUAGUAGUGGGAUUUGUUUCCCUCCUGUGUUUUGCACGGAGCUAUGAUGGAGAUUUUGUCUUUGACGACUCUGAAGCUAUUGUUAAUAACAAGGACCUCCAGGCUGACACGCCCCUGGGAGACCUGUGGCACCAUGACUUCUGGGGCAGCAGACUGAGCAGCAACACCAGCCACAAGUCCUACCGGCCGCUCACCGUCCUGACUUUCAGGAUGAACUCCUACCUGUCGGGAGGCUUGCACCCCGUGGGCUUCCACGUGGUCAACAUCCUCCUGCACGGCGGCAUCUCUGUGCUCAUGGUGGACGUCUUCUCUGUGCUGUUCGGCGGCCUGCAGUACACCAGCAAAGGCCAGAGGGUGCACCUGGCCCCCAGAGCAUCCCUGCUGGCGGCUCUGCUGUUUGCCGUCCAUCCCGUGCACACCGAGUGUGUUGCUGGAGUUGUCGGCCGUGCAGACCUCCUCUGUGCCCUGUUCUUUUUGUUAUCUUUCCUUGGCUACUGUAAAGCAUUUCGAGAAAGUAACAAGGAGGGAACACAUUCUUCUACCUGUUGGGUGUUGCUGAGCAUCCUUCUGGGAGCAGUGGCCAUGCUGUGCAAGGAGCAAGGGAUCACGGUGCUGGGUUUGAAUGCGGUAUUUGACAUCUUGGUGAUAGGCAAAUUCAGUGUUCUGGAAGUCAUCCAGAAGGUGCUGCGUAAGGACAAGUCGUUAGAGAAUUCGGGUGUGCUCCGGAGCGGGGGCCUCCUCUUCCGAGUGACCCUUCUCACCUCGGGCGGGGCCGGCAUGCUCUACAUGCGUUGGAAAAUCAUGGGGACCGGCCCACCGGCAUUCACGGAGGUGGACAACCCGGCUUCCUUUGCCGACAGCGUGUUGGUGAGGGCCAUAAACUAUAAUUACUACUAUUCAUUGAAUGCCUGGCUGCUGCUGUGUCCCUGGUGGCUGUGUUUUGAUUGGUCCAUGGGCUGCAUCCCCCUCAUUAAGUCAGUCGGUGACUGGAGGGUAAUUGCCCUGGCAGCACUCUGGCUCUGUCUAAUUGGCCUAAUAUGCCAAGCCCUGUGCUCUGAGGACAGCCGCAAGAGAAGGAUCCUUACUCUGGGCCUGGGAUUUCUUGUGAUCCCAUUUCUGCCUGCGAGCAACCUGUUCUUCCGUGUGGGCUUCGUGGUGGCAGAACGUGUCCUCUACCUGCCCAGCAUCGGCUACUGUGUCCUGCUGACCUUCGGCUUCGGGGCCCUCAGCAGACAAACUAAGAAAAAGAAACUCAUCUCCGCCUGCAUCCUGGGCAUCUUACUCAUCAACGCGCUGAGGUGUGUGAUCCGCAGCGGCGAGUGGAGGAACGAAGACCAGCUUUUUAGAAGCGCCCUGUCUGUGUGUCCCCUCAACGCUAAGGUUCACUACAACAUUGGCAAAAACCUGGCUGAUAAAGGCAACCAAACAGCAGCCAUCCGAUAUUACCGGGAAGCAGUAAGAUUAAAUCCCAAGUAUGUUCAUGCCAUGAAUAAUCUUGGAAAUAUCUUAAAAGAAAGGAAUGAGCUACAAGAAGCAGAAGAGCUGCUGUCUUUGGCUGUUCAAAUACAGCCAGACUUUGCUGCUGCAUGGAUGAAUCUGGGCAUAGUGCAGAACAGCCUGAAACGCUUCGAGGCAGCAGAGCAGAGUUACCGGACAGCCAUCAAACACAGAAGAAAGUACCCAGACUGCUACUACAACCUUGGGCGACUGAUAUAGUUUCAUACUUGGAUGCAGAAACAGCUUUCUCUGUGAAGCCAGAAGACUAGAGAGAAGCUAAAGCUGUUCUCACAAUAAGCUCUCUGGGGGAGAAGGCAGUAAAACCUCAGACAAUUCCUUGGGAUUUGGAAAAUAGAAAAUUGAUGCUAAAUGAAACUUCUGUGAGAGUUGCAUCCGAAGAAAGGAACUCAAAUGUAAAAUAACAGCUUUAUUGUGCACGCCACUCCUGGGAUUCAUUACUCGUUCACUUGGAAGCUCAGUCUGUAACACUGAACAGAUUGGGGCCUUGGUGUUGUUUACUAAUCAUGCUACCCUGAAUUAGUGUUUGAUGGCCCCUUCCACCUGUCCUUUCUGCUCAUUUAAGGCUUUUGCUCUCCAUUGUGGUUUAAUUAUCCAGCUUUUGCCCACUUGACAGCUUAAAAGCCUUAAAAGCUUAGUCUUUAACAGCUCAACCAACCCAUUUAUAUAUUGGCAAAUAAGAGGAACUUAAUGGCUUCAAGGUGUCUUUUUUAGAAGUCACGUGGUUGUAAUAGGAGAUAGAAAUUUGUUUUGAUUUCUGGACCCCUGAUAAGAAGGUAAUAUAGUGCAGUUCUCUCGUGAAACAGGAAAUUAGGAAGAGCUGGAUUACUGGGGCCAUAUUGGUGGUCCUAGAGAGUUAUGGUAAAAAUUGUUGGUGGUAUUACUGGAGACAGGUCGUUAUACAGGAGCUGAUGUGUCAGUCAGGAUGUGUAGAAGAGAAGAAAAAUCGUGGCGAGUAUUUUAACUUACAGGUUUAACACUGGAAACUGGUCACACAAUUGUAAGAAUAAAAUGGUAAGGGAAUAGUAGCACGGAGGUUAAUAACUAACGGAAACCCCAUAAGAAUGGGAAGCAAAGGGAGGAAGGGCUGAUACCAGAGCUGAAGAGGUGUCCGUCGAAAGAGCUGUCACACCCGAGAGCCAAGGACGUGGUGAGGGACCACUGCUCUAGCCCCACAACUGUGGAGAGGGGACAGAGUUCCUUCAGAGACAGCCAGAGGAAGGAGGAGACUGAGGCUGGGCCAGGGUUCUGCUCCUCUCUCCUGCACAUCUGAACCUGCGACACUUAGCAGAGACUUAACAAGGAACCAAGUGGCAAAGGAACCUGGGAAUUGUAGUUUGCAUACUCCCAGUCCCACACCCCAAAGCAGGGUAUGAAAGGGUGGGAAAAGGACUAAUGGGCAAAUAACUUGACCACUACCCUUCUGCUCUGUGCUGGGUAGUUCUUGUUAAAUCACCAUUUUUCUCUUGUUUCCUAUAAAGUGUUUAUUCAUUUUGUAUAAAAAAAUGAACAUCUGUUACUUGGUUAGACCUGUUGUUGUUCUGUGAUAAAUAAUAAUAACAAAUAGCCAUAAAAUGAAAAAUACAUGAAGAGUUUUAUUGUGUUGUAUAAAUGGACUUACCCUGGUUGUCAUGAGUGUGUUAGAAUGUCACCACAGAUUUUGUCUGAGUGACUCAAAUGUGUAUCCCUUGCUGGCAAAACUGACUUGAACAGUUACUGAGAUAUCCAGUAAAGAGACACAAUUAAGUAUUGCUGUAAUUAAGCAUUCAAAUUAUUUUGAUUGUUUUGAACUUUUUAUAUCUUUAACGAUGCUAAAAGAUAAAAUAUUUUAAGCUGAUUCUCUGAGUCUGAUGGAGAAUUUGAACAUUUUAGCAGUGGAUAUUCAUAAGUGUUUCCAGAAUUCAUUAACCCUUUUUUGCACACUCUGCCAUCUGUUUCCUGUGUGGGACUUGGAACAAAUCAGAACAUUUCUGUUAUCUGUUAAAAAUGUAUCAUUGACAGGAAGGAAGAAAGCAGCCUUAAACUGAUAAAUCGCCAUCACUUGUACUUUUCGCAGAGUUAAAGGGACGAAGUACUUUCCGUUGAAAUGUGCAUUUGAACUGAGUUCAGAGGGCUAGAGGAUCACUGAAAGAAUCCACCGCUUCACCCUCUGUGGCUUUUAACCACGCAGAUAGAAAGCCAGCACUUUGUGUUGUUAUCGGUGCUAAACAAAAUCCCUUCUCAAAAGAAAGCAGUGGAUAAUCUCUCUUCCCUGAAUGAGGCAAACCAGCCUCCAAACUGUGGAGAGAUCUUACGGGACCAUGGGAGAAUUUUCGCGGGGUGUGUAAAGUAGGUCUGCUGUACACAUGUUUUCAUAGUAUUAGGUCUUGAUGUAGACAGGAAGAGAUCCUCGAUCGUUCUUCGCAUGGUGAAUUGGACAUGUGCGGCUUUUAUCACAUAAAAUAUUUAUUAUUUUAUGCUAUUAAUGAUGAUAUGGAGACUUUGUAGAAAAAGAAUAAUGAAUAAUUCUUUUUCGGCCUGAAAUACAAUUUGAUAUCUGGAGUCACCAAAUAAUAGGUUAUCUAGUUAAAAUAUCUCAGGCUUGAGACCUGUACCCCCAGGCUGUCAUGCCAGAUUCUCCAUUUCUGGGGCAGGUUACUAAUGUCCUUGAGCCUUAGUUCCUCUGUCUGUAAAAUGGGGACGCUAAGUAACACCCACUUCCUCGCGUUUGUUUUGAAAGGGAAUGGGUUGAUACGGAAAAUUAGAUCCGUAAAGAAGUCUUAAGUUGUCUUUUCAUUUUUCUGGGUUUUUGUUUGUAAUACCUUAAGACAGCAAAAAAGCACAAAAAUUGGAACAUUG